AUCAUGCUACCCGUCUCUUCGUGCCUCUCUGGCUGCAUACAAUCUCUGCACUGGCCCUCCAGUAGCUAGCUCAUUGGGCUAACGCUAGCUACACUCGCUACUGUUGAGAGAAACGGACCGUUAGUGCUUUUAAAUCGUCUUGUUUGAUUUGCCAUUUAACGAACAGCGUGUCUGCUGUAUUAUAAGAGAUACUCCGAGUAACAUUGACUGAGCUAAUGUUGCUGUUUGUGACUGAAGCCACAGUUAGCAUCGGGGCAAAAACAAUGCCUUCAGCGUGCACACUGCUCCAAAUCAGUUACCUGGUUUGACACGUGACAGCAGGUUGACACUUAAAAUCUUAAAAUGCUCGCAGUGGCUUGAUUUCAGUGGUCCACAUGGGAAUAUUUUACUAUAACUGAAGUUAUUUACACAAUAAAAGUGGAAUAUGUGUUAAUAUGCAGGAACAACAACAACAACAACACACACACACACACACACACCUUCCACGGUCAAUGCACUCAGUAGGCUUAUUAAACAGUAAGGUGAUCAAGUGUCCUGUCUGUGACAGUGUGUGUGUAUUAAUAUCUGUGUCUAAUCCUCUUACUUUGACCCUAAUCAUCAUACAGUAUAGCGGCUCUUUGAAUCAGUAGGAAUAAAUUGCUCUUAAAUCUGUAGCCUAGAGAGACUAUAGGAGUGAUAGUCCACCUGUAGAGUGGACUCUAAUAUGUUCUGUCAUGUUUUUAAGUGAACAUCGCUACAGUGGAAUAGAGUAGACUAGAGUGGAGAAGAUGGGGAAAUUAAAUUUCUAUUCCUGACACUUCAUUAUGGAAAGUGUAACCAUUACGUGUCCCUUCAGGGGGGAUUGAGAAGUUGAGUUUGUCAGCUGUUCAUCCUGGAUGUAGGUCAGUGAGAUGAGCAGCACGCUUUCCUCUUGGACCACAUCUUAUUCUCAGGGUUUGCAGAUUGAGACUGAAUCAUUGUCUUAAAGAUUUUUGUUAUUGUUUUGCUUUUUGAGGGUCAGUUCUCAGGUGGUCUGAUUUGAGUUUGCCUCGUCCUUGUGUUGCCAUGGCGAUGCGGGAGUUGGUGGAGGCAGAGUGUGGGGGGGCCAAUCCCCUUAUGAAGUUGACCAGUCACAUGACCAAGGAAGGGGGAGCAUGGCGGCACCGCUCAACACCCACAAUUGCCCCCUCUCCCAUCGAAAUUGCAACUGAAGAAGAGCUGGUGAAUGAGUUCCUUCAGGCGCCCCCCCGACCCCCACACACAUUUGACAUGGGUCAGCUGUUGGAGGAAAUGCAGCAGAUUGACCAGCAGAGCUACAGACAAGCUCCACAGAGAGCUCCAGAUGUGGCGGCUUUGGCCCUCUCUGGUGAUUGGACGGCCGAGUUCCUCUCCGGUCCUGACUCUGCCUCCGCUCCGGGGAUCAGCGCGCUUGGUGAUGCAGCAGAUGCUGAUUGGACGAAAGAAUUUAUUGCUGAGGCGGCAGAUCCCGGACGCUGGGCGGAGGAGUACCUGGAACAGUCAGAGGAGAAGCUGUGGCUGGGAGACCUUGGAGACCAGGAGAAGGAAUGGACGAAGGAGUAUCAACCAGGGGAGGAGCUGAAGCAGACAGCCAAUGAGCUCGUCUCAAAGGUUGAUGACCCCAAGUUACAAAACACUGAGUUCCUGCGAUUCAUUAGGCAGAUUGGCGAGGGCAGUGUGACAGUGGAGAGCAGGACAGACAAACAGCUCAAAGAUAAAGCUCAGGCCGAGGAGGCUCAGAACUGGGCCUCCAACGUCAACCAGGUGUCACAGGACUCGGCUGAAGCCUGGGUAGAUGAGUUUGCCACAUCGGGACCAGAUUUCCAACACGCUAAAGCUGCAGUGGAGAGUGACGUGGAUUUCUGGGAGAAGCUGCAGCAGGAGUGGGAGGAGAUGGCUAAGAGGGACGCAGAGAGCCACCCCUGGCUGUCUGACUUCGAUCAGCUGCUCAGCACUUCCUACGACAAGGGGUAUCAGUUUGAAGAGGACAACCCCUAUUUAUCCAACCCUGACCCUUUGUCAGAGGGAGUGAAGAGGAUGGAGGCGGGGGACAUCCCUGGUGCUGUACGCUUCUUUGAAAGUGCUGUACAAAAAGAACCAGAUAACCAGCUGGCUUGGCAAUAUCUGGGAACCUGUCAGGCGGAGAACGAGCAGGAAUUUGCCGCCAUCAGCGCCCUCCGCAGAUGUAUAGAGCUGAAGAACGACAACCUGACCGCUCUGAUGGCGUUGGCUGUCAGUUUCACUAAUGAAUCGCUGCAUAGGCAGGCCUGUGAGACUCUUCGUGAUUGGCUAAAGCACAACCCGAAAUUCCGUUCUGUGUGGGAGCAGAAUGAGGGUGAACACCAGCAGGAAGGUGCCACAGAAAGGGAGAAGGAGAGAGAGCGGUUCGGCUCACUGCUGCCAGAAUCUUUGUUUACAGAUGUUCAGUCCCUCUUCCUGCAAGCAGCCAACUCCGACCCUGCCCAGGUGGACCCCCAGCUGCAGUGUGGUCUGGGAGUUCUCUUCAACCUCAGCGGGGAGUACGACAAGGCGGUGGACUGUUUCAGCGCUGCUCUGUCCGUCACGCCACAGGACUACCUGCUGUGGAAUAAGUUGGGGGCCACACUCGCCAACGGCAGCCGCUCAGAGGAGGCUGUGGCCGCCUACAGGAGAGCUCUGGAGCUGCAGCCCGGUUUCAUACGCAGUCGCUACAACUUGGGAAUCAGCUGUGUCAAUUUAGGGGCACACAGAGAGGCGGUGGAGCACUUCCUUGAAGCUCUAUCUCUACAGCGCCAGGCCUCCGGGGACGGAGCAAGAGCUGCGAGGGGACCUGGAGGAGUCGCAGCCACCAUGAUGUCUGACAACAUCUGGUCCACCUUGCGCAUGGCUCUCAGCAUGAUGGGAGAGAGCCCUCUGUACGCUGCAGCAGACUGCCGGGACUUGGACACGUUGCUGGCUCACUUCUCCCAGAGAGAGGUGGACGGUGGGACAGAAUGAGGGCCAGCCAGGGGGGGGCUUAUCGAGUGCGAGUGUGUUUUGCUGGGAGGUAAAUGUCUGGGUGGACUGAAUGAAGCGAAGAGGAAUCAGAGCGGUGACGGUUACAGAGAAACAGACGAGGAAGACACUGUGAAUUAUCCACCGUCCUAGAGACAUCAUCUCGUGGUUAUGUGCGCUUGAAUGACUUCUAUCAAACAUUGCAGUAUUAGUCUCUCCCUGGAAGACGCAGCCAGCAGCAAUACGGUGUCAUCGCUGUAUUUUACAUGUUUGAGAGUCCUCAUAUUUCAUCUUGCUCUGUUGAUCUGCAGAACUGGGUUCAAUGUCACUUUUGUUGUUGAUAUGAAAUUUGUCCUCAAUGAAGAAAGUAAAUGAUUAAUAAUGAUGUGGACAGUUUAUCAUUACACUCAACGUUCUCACCGUCUUUCUCAACAGCAGGUUGUAGGUUGUAUCUGUAUACUCACUACGGUUAUGUAGAUUAAAGGUACAAUAUUGAAAAGAGUACAGCUUUUCAUCAAAAGUGCUCCCAAUAGAAGGAUUAGGCCGCUCCAGAGUACAAACACUUUUUUCUUUCUCUUUUUUUUUUUUGUUUUUUUUUAAUACGUUAUUUAAUUUUUUAGUAAUCAAUUAUCAACCAGGAUAAUGAACUGAAAACCAGUGGGACUGUUACUGUUUUGGUAAGGUGUGUGUGUGUGUGUGUGUGUGUGUGUGUGUGUGUGUGUGUGUGUGCGCGCGUUUUGGAUCGGGUGGGGGAUUUAAUUGUGCAUUGCGCUGAUAAUAAGAUCAUAUAAUUGUACUAUCAUUGACAAUGAUUUCUCUGGGCUCCUCCCUUCUCUUGCUCUUUUUCAUAUCUCUCUUGUAGAACAAUUUGCUUGGUUGUAAAAUAAUGCUAUAUGCCAUAUUGUGUAUUGUAACAUAAUUGUUGCACUAUAAUUGUGUUCAGGCUAGUUGUAUCCUGACUGCAAUGUUUAAUAUAAUAUUCAGCAAUAAAGCUUUGAUUCCAAUCA